CUUUACCUUACCUCCCACCAACGGCAAGAGACCGAAUUGGAACAUUGUUCGAAGCAGCUGUAAAAUUGUUUCAUGCUGCUGACCAGUCAGAGAAAUUUGAAACGUGCACUUGGCGCUAUGUACAAUGUAGUGUUCGGAUCAUCAUUUCAUCCCGACCUGACUAGGCAGCAGUCUUGAACUCCAUGAAAUGAGAAAAUCGAACCGAAGUGGCCUUUUCUCUAUCAGCAACAACGCGAAGGAGGCUUUUAGUUGCUCGACGUAAAUAUUCUCGAACACAUGCAUUACAUGAUAGGUUGCGCGAUCGCCUGCGAGAGAGGCUACAAUUGCAUAGAUGCGAAGACAGGCCUAUCAAGAACGGAAUCUGAACAAGGACAAUCAAGGUCACAAAAAACGGAAGCACAGACGAUUACUUUGAGAUUAUUACGAAAGCCAUGAAACUAUCCUAUGUUACUUCACUACCAGCAAUGACUUCGGCUUGCAACACCGGGCAAUACCGGAUGGGACGCUCUUGCAUGAAUGGUAGUAACUCCAUUCGGAAUUGUGCUAGACGUCACCAUUGCGGAGGCAAUCGCCACGGCUGGGGUCAUGCGUGCCGGAAUGGGGUGGUUCAUGAGGAUGCAGCGGAAAAGUUGCUUGUGUCUAGCUGGGGUCCUCGUAGUCUUGGUCACCACAACUGUGCGCCGGGAAUCGGACCCCAUGAAGGACAGCAAGAUACGAAAAUGUGCUUUGGGCAGGGACACCCAGGCAGUCAAAAAGGCCAAGGCUGGAACUUCUGGCAAUCUAGUUCCACUACGCAGGGUCAAGUGCUUAGCCCGGCUCAAGGAAGAGGACGCCGGCAGGGUUUAGGCAUGGGUUGGCGCUCGACGGAGGAAAGUCAGCCAUGUGAAUUGAGAAACAUGGUUGGACAGAGUUCCCAUGCGCCGUUGGUUGAUAUCGUUACAGAUGAUGACCAUGUAUUUCAAAUAGCUUUUGACUUGCCCUAUGCAAAACCAUCGGACAUUGAAAUCUCUGUCAAUAGACAGGAUAGAGUCUUGACUGUUUCGGGUAUGCGUCAAAUUGGAUUUGGAAGUGAAACUUCUAUGAUCCCUUUCUUGGAGCGCAUUUCCAUAGAUUCAUGGAUCAGUAUGGAUCGAUUCUCGGCGAAGCUAAGCAACGGAUUAUUGCUGGUUACAGCCCCAAAAGAAUUUGAUGCGAAAGACAGCUUUGUCCAGAAGAUUUCCAUCCAGGAUGUCGACACUAAAGAGCAAGCUACGGAUUAGAAAAUGUAAGUUAUAAAAACC